AUGUCUGGCCGUGGAAAGCAGGGAGGCAAAGCCCGGGCUAAGGCCAAGUCCCGUUCUUCUCGUGCUGGCCUGCAGUUUCCAGUGGGCCGAGUGCACCGCCUGCUCCGCAAGGGCAACUACUCGGAGCGCGUGGGCGCCGGUGCGCCAGUUUACCUGGCUGCUGUCCUGGAGUACCUGACCGCUGAGAUCCUGGAGCUGGCGGGCAACGCAGCCCGCGACAACAAGAAGACCCGCAUCAUCCCUCGCCAUCUGCAGCUGGCCAUCCGCAACGACGAGGAGCUCAACAAGCUGUUGGGCAAGGUGACCAUUGCUCAGGGCGGCGUCCUGCCCAACAUCCAGGCCGUGCUGCUGCCCAAGAAGACGGAGAGUCACCACAAGCCUAAGGGCAAGUAAGCCCGGUGGCACUGCUGACGGACCCAGUCCAGUCUUCUGCAGGCGACCGGCUUGUCCACCACGCAGAAACCAAAAAGGCUCUUUUCAGAGCCACCCACACU